AAGUUUAAUUUCCGUAUUUUCUGGUUGUUAUUUUGAACUCGAAAUAAAUGCUUUCAUUGAAUUGUAAUCAUUACAUUUACAUACAUAACAAUUGAGUAGAGAUAUCUGUUGAAUCUCAUGUAUUAAAAGUUGUAAGAAAUGGUUCGCCAGUGCUUUUUACGAUGUUUACUAGACUCGCACGCGCCUGUCAAGUUGCCGCACAACGUUGAAAUCCUAACGGGUCGAAGUAAAAUCACCAAGAUAAAAGAUCAGUCAUGCUCUCGUCAUCAAUUGAGUUUAAAAGCAGAUUGCAAUGAAUGUGUUGUUGAAGUGAAACAAAUUGGAAUAAACCCGUCUGGUCUCGAUGGCUUUGCUAUGAAAAAAGAUGCCACAUACAAACUAGGACAUGGUACAAAAAUUGAAAUAUUACUUAACUUCUACUCUCAUGUUAUAGAGUUUGAUCCUCCCCCAGAAGGAUUUGAUCCACCUAAAGUUAACACCAAAAGAAAAUUAGAGGAAGAGGAAGAAUCACCUAGGAAAAGGAAAAACCUAAAAGUUGAAGAGGAGUCAGACACAUCUAACUCUACUAAAAAGACUGAAAAAACAAUGGAUCAAGAUAUACCAGAAGCAGUUGAAAAUGUAUGGGAGGAAAUAGACAAAGGAGAACUCUACAUAUUUACAUCUAAAGGUGUCAAAUCUAGCCAUAAAAUAGCUGCUUUUGAUAUGGAUGGAACACUAAUUAAAACUAAAUCAGGGAAAGUCCAUCCUGUGGACACUAAUGAUUGGCAGAUUGCCUUCCCUCCGGUAUCACAGAAAUUAAAAGACUUAUAUUCUAUGAAUUUUAAAGUAGUAAUUCUAAGUAAUCAAGCUCCUAUCGGUAAUGGUAGGGUAAAAAUAGAGGAUUUUAAGAAGAAAAUAGAAAAUAUAGUUGCAAAAUUAGAUGUGCCUAUACAAGCAUACAUAGCUACUGGGAAAGGGUUUUAUAGGAAGCCUACUCCCGGGAUGUGGAAUUAUUUAACUGAAAAGAAAAAUGAUGGCAUAGAAGUACACAUGGAUAAAAGUUUCUACUGUGGUGAUGCCGCCGGCAGAGUAGCCAACUGGGCACCAGGAAAGAAGAAAGAUCACUCCAUGGCCGACAAGCUUAUGGCUGAAAACUUGGGUCUCAAGUUCUACACACCUGAGCAGUAUUUCCUGGGGCAUUCUGUUGCUAAUGUACCUUUCAGCAAUCCCGAGUUUGUCUCAAAACAUCUGGCUUCGGAACCUUUUAAUGAUAAUCUGUUUGGUAAAGAGAAAGAGAUUUUAGUCUUAGUCGGAUUCCCAGGGAGUGGCAAGUCAUUUUUAGCCAAGCAAAUUGAGAACAAAUCGCAGCAUAAAUAUGUGGCGGUUUGCAGAGACGUUUUAGGAUCAUGGCAAAAGUGUGCUGCUGAAGCAAAAAAGUUAUUGCAGCAAGGUAAAAGCGUCAUAGUAGACAGUACAAAUCCCGAUGUGGAAUCCCGCGGACGCUGGACGUCGCUGGCGAAGGAAAUGGGGGUUCAGUGCCGUUGCGCCCGAAUGUCCACCACUAAGGCGCACGCGCAGCACAACAACAAGUUUAGGGAGCUGAUGAAGAUCAAGCAUGUGCCUGUCAACGAUAUUGUGUUUCAUAGUUACAAAAAUAAAUAUACAGAGCCCUCGCCUAGCGAAGGUUUCAAGGAAGUAAUAGUUGUGAAUUUUAAUCCCUGUUUCGAAGAUAAACAAGCCGAAGAAGUGUACCGAAUGCAUUUGCUGGAGAAGUGAUAACAUUUGUGAUUGGAAAUAUUAAUAAAACAGUUAUAAGGUCA